GUCAUGGCCGACGAAGUUUUGUCUUGGACCAACCAGGAUCCUCGUGAAAGCCAGCUCUUCAACUCCUGGGGAGUUCUCUAUCGCUUCCAGACUAUCGUGGGCCCCAAUGGCCAAAGCGUGACGACCCUUUGGAGGACGGUGCGCGCUAACAAAGAGGACCGCGUCGCAAAACUCGAGUGGGCGAAUAACGGUGGUCUUGGACGGGCAAUAAUAGGCAAAAACACGGUUCCAAUGUCUGACCUUGUCCGCCCUGAUGCACGCUACCCGGGUUCCCGGAUGUUUAACGGACCUGACGGCCUUGUCUACCGAUGGAGACCUAGCGGCUCUGGUCCAGACACGCUGCUUGAAGACUCUAAUGGCAAUGUUGUCGCUUUCUUCCGACCAACGCGGCCAACGCGUUACCAGAUCGGUGACGUAUACGGCGAGCUUCACUUCGUGCGGAACGCGGGGGCUGCUACUAUCAUGCAUCCCCCGAUUAUGGACACCGUCACAGUGACGGCCAUGCUCUUCCGCUUCUGCGCCGCUUUUGGUCUCUGAGAGAUCAAGACAGCUUACUCUUUGUCGCUUUUUAUCUGGGCUCGGACGAUACAUAGCACACGGAUACACGCAUUGCCAUCCAGUAGCCGGACUUAUGGCCGGCUGCGCGAGGAGGGUGGCGGUAAUCUUGCACCUGUACAAAUAUUUGACGCACAGCAG